UUCAGUGUUGUCCUCCUGCUCUCUCUUCUCCAGUGGAGCAUCUUCGGCUCCCCCGCUCUGCUGUGACGAACACCGCUGGUCCUGCCCUCGUUCCGAGGCAGCAGAGCGGGUCACCGCACCGCCGCAAACGCCAGCCGGGGCCGGAGGAUGGCGUCGCUCAGCCGCAAGCGGGGAGCGGGCAGGAGCUCCGUGGUGGAGAGGAAGAACCUGCUUACAGUCUGCAGGUUUUCAGUGAAGACUCUUCUGGAUCGCUCCUGUUUUGAAACCAUUGACGACGCUUCCCCAGAGUUUGUUAACUUCGUGUCCAUCCUGGAGCACAUCCUCAGCCAUCGGCUCAAAGGUCAGACGACGUGGUUUGGCUACGAGAGUCCUCGGAGUUUCUGGGAUUACAUAAAAGCGGCCUGCAGUAAAGUGCCUCAUAACUGCAUCCGAAGCAUCGAGAGCAUGGAAAAUGUGCGAUCAUCAAGAGCGAAGGGAAGGGCGUGGAUGAGGGUUGUUCUGAUGGAGAAACGACUGUCGGAGUACAUCUCCUUUGCGCUGAAGGACUUCAAAACAACCAGGAGGUUUUUUGAGGAAGGUGCGAUCAUACUGAGAGAAGAGGCAGGGCUGUUGGCAGACACGCUCAUUGGACUUAACACCAUUGAUUUCAGUUUCUGUCUUAAAGGGGAGGGUCUGGACGACAGCUGUCCUGCAGUCAUCGACUACACGCCUUACCUGAAGUUCACACAGAGCGCAGAUAGCAUCAGCAGCGAUGAGGAGGAGAUGAGGACUCUGGGAAGCAGCGGCAGCGAGAGCAGCACCCCUGACAAAACGGCCACCGCCGCAUCAAUCUUCACCGAGCAGAGCAACUUGGUCAGCAAGUGCAAACGCUUUGAGCAGAAGUAUCGCAUGGCCCUGGAGCAGAAGGGUUACCUGGAAGAGUUGGUCCGUCUGCGGGAAGCUCAGCUGUCGGAGGCCGUUUCUCAUAACAAAGCCCUUCAGCAGAGCCUAGCAGACACACACCUCUCACACACACUGGAGAAACAACAGCUUGAGUAUAUCAUAGUGGAACUGCAGAACCAACUGACUGUGCUGAAAAACAAUGACUUGCGUUCCAGACAGGAAUUAACAGCCCAUCUGACCAAUCAGUGGCCGUCUCCAGAUGCCUUGGAUGCCAAUGCCGUUGCCUUGGAUACACUGCUGUACAGGAAAAGCACCGGGGAGUGGGAAGAGAAGAGUUUCCAGAGUCUGGAGCAGCUGUCUGCAGGCAUGAGCCUCACAUCAAACACACAAGGCAGGUCUCCUCUUAUAAACAGAAGUACCUUUCUCCGUCUCUUGCGCACUGAAUGUGCACUUUGUUCUUCAGGUAAAGAGGAAACUCCGUCUCUCAGAGGCCUCUGUGGCUCCCUGACCUCAGUAGCCAGCUAUAAAUCUCUGGCCAGCCUGAGGUCCAGUGAGUGUUUGGCCAGUCCAGCGACAGAGAUCAGCAGUCCAGGUGUCACUCCGUCAUAGGAGACGAGACGUCCAAACAGCUUCGUCAGUUCAAGAAUUCAAAGGAGUCAGGAACUUUCCUCUUACUGGUGAUGCUGAUUUUUCCGUUCUUUAACUCUGAAUGAGGAGCUGGUGUAGCUCAGCGACUCCAACGACUGAAAACUGUCACAACUGAUGUAACUUCAUCAACACGAAUCCAGAUUAGUUUGCUUCUCAUCUGUGUGGCGUAAUUUCUCUCCUACUUUGGAAUUGUGUCGAUUUUAGAGCUGCUGUACGAAUUCUCGUCUCAUAUUUCACUGUUGCAAAGAUGACUUUGAAAGAUUGUGCUAAAAAUACUGACUGUAGAUCAGAUCAGUUGCUACUUUCCUGCAGACAGAAUGAAGCAAUGCUAUAUUCUGUUCUAAUAUAGAAUGGUACUGGGGGUUAAACCACUGGUGUGUUUAAUUUAAGAUGUAAAUGUUUGUCUUUGUUUUGCCGCCAGUGUCAGUGUUGUGCAUUUUGCAACGUCACAGGAUUUUGUUCUCAGGUAAUCAUCCUCUUUAAAUACUACGGUGCAGUAUUUCAAUUUAAUAGUUAUCUACUGGCAAGUUGAUAUAAUUUAUUUUUUGAUGUUUGCAUUGACUUACAUUAAAAAAAAACAACAUUUCCUGCUUUAGGACAUCAGCAUAAAGUAAUAUGGAUACAUGGUCACUAGCUGUUCACCUCAGCACUUGAAUACGGUUUUUGCCUUCAGCUUAUUCCAGCAGACAUUUGUACAGACGUUAACUGGAUAUUCUACUGAACUUAUUUGCAUUUUUUUUUUAGAUUUUAUUUUAAAUAAACACAACUUGCUUUCA